ACAGGCAUAUGACAGCAGCAACAGCAACCGGAGCCUUCUCCGGGCGGGUUUUGCUGCAGUACUCUGAUUGCCACUUUACAGCAUCCAGCGAGGUCCCCAGCAGCAGGCACUUGGAGAAGACUCUGCGUGGGCACUUGUUUAAGGAGUACCUGACUAAACAAUUGGGUUAUUCUUUAACUGCGGGAGAAGUGCCUGUGUUCCCUGCGCGGAAGCUCCCUACUGGCUUUCUGCAUUCCUAAUUUAUCGGAGCCGUUUCUCGCUCCGGCUUUCUCCCGUUUACUUCUUUUUCUAACACCAACCCCCCCCCCCCCCCCCCCUUUUCUCUCCCCUCUAGUAUCUUUUUUUUUCUUUUUCCGUUCGUUCUUCACCCCCCUCCCCCCUCCCCAAAUCUGUGCUGCAUCACUAGCUCUCAUUAUGCUGUGCUCAGUAGCCCAGUGCGUUCUCCGCCUCUGCUAGGCAGUGGCAGCAUGGAUGGUGCUCUUGUGACGACCUCUGCUGAUGCUAUCAGUCCACUGCGGAUAGGCAUGCUGAGUAAUCCUGCUGUAAAUGGGCGAGGACACGGACACACGAAAAAUUAACCACGGCUUUCUUCGAGACCACAACUAUGUGACUGAAGGUAUAGCAAGGGCGGCAGCAAUGCAAGCUUCCCCACAUUGUCCUGCCAAUGUUCCUCAACCCACUUCUGAAGAGGUCACUUCUGGAGCUGAUAUUAUUUCUACAGUUGAGUUCAACCACACUGGAGAACUGCUGGCUACUGGUGACAAGGGGGGUCGGGUUGUUAUAUUCCAAAGGGAACCUGAGAGUAAAAAUGAGCCUUACAAUCAGGGGGAGUACAAUGUUUACAGCACUUUCCAGAGCCAUGAACCUGAAUUUGAUUAUUUGAAGAGCUUGGAGAUAGAAGAAAAAAUAAACAAGAUCAAGUGGUUACCACAGCAAAAUGCAGCUCACUCACUUUUAUCAACGAAUGAUAAAACAAUCAAGUUAUGGAAAAUUACUGAAAGAGAUAAGAGACCAGAGGGGUACAACUUAAAAGAUGAAGAAGGAAAGCUUAAAGAUCUUUCUACCGUAACAUCACUGCAGGUGCCUGUACUGAAACCUAUGGAUUUGAUGGUAGAAGUCACUCCCCGGAGAAUCUUUGCUAAUGGUCAUACCUAUCACGUCAACUCAAUAUCUGUCAACAGUGACUGUGAGACGUACAUGUCAGCGGAUGAUCUCAGGAUUAACCUCUGGCAUUUAGCAAUCACAGAUAGGAGCUUCAACAUUGUAGAUAUAAAGCCAGCCAACAUGGAGGACCUGACAGAAGUGAUUACAGCCUCUGAGUUUCAUCCCCAUCACUGCAAUCUCUUUGUCUACAGCAGCAGCAAAGGAUCCCUGAGACUCUGCGACAUGAGGGCAUCAGCUCUCUGUGACAAACAUUCCAAGCUUUAUGAAGAACCAGAAGACCCCAGUAACAGAUCGUUUUUCUCAGAAAUUAUCUCUUCAGUGUCAGAUGUCAAGUUCAGUCACAGUGGUAGAUACAUGCUAACAAGGGAUUACCUCACAGUCAAGGUUUGGGAUCUGAACAUGGAAACAAAGCCUGUAGAAACAUACCAGGUCCACGAUUACCUUAGGAGCAAGUUGUGUUCCCUCUAUGAAAAUGACUGCAUCUUUGACAAGUUUGAAUGUGCAUGGAAUGGAUCAGACAGUGUGAUCAUGACAGGUGCAUACAACAACUUCUUUCGGAUGUUCGAUCGGAACACCAAGCGGGACGUGACCCUGGAGGCCUCGCGGGAGAGCAGCAAGCCACGAGCUAUUCUUAAGCCCCGGAGAGUCUGCGUUGGAGGCAAGCGGAGGAAAGAUGACAUCAGUGUCGACAGUUUGGACUUUACUAAGAAGAUCUUGCACACAGCAUGGCACCCGACUGAGAACAUCAUUGCUAUAGCAGCGACAAACAAUCUGUACAUAUUUCAGGAUAAAGUGAACUCAGAGAUGCACUAAGAUUUAUUGAUAUCCCUCUCUAUUUACAAACCAGCCUCUUGAGAGUUGUAGAAGGAUGUGGUCUUCACAAAAGUUUUGGGCUUCUGUGGUGGGAUUUGUAGGUUGCAUCCUUUCAUCCCUCAGCCUGUAUCAUUACUGGUGGCAAGCCAACUAUUUUCCAUCACUGCAACUGUAUGAGUAAAAGGCACGACUGCAAAUCCAGCCCUGUGGUCUGUAUCGGUUUCUUUAAACAAAGAGGGGUAUCUAUUCACCUGGGGAGUGCUCCUGAGGGAGGGCUAAGACUCUUCCCCUCCUGUCAGUCCUUUGGAGGGUCUCAGUGGUUGACAGGACCAUGCUGUUCUGGUGCCCUUCCUGCUUUUGCAGUUCACAGCAUUUACCACAUUGUUAAAGCUUUUUGCCUCAAGCUCUUGAUUAUUUUUUUUCAUUAACUUUUUCCUGUCUUCCAACUAAGCCAGGCUUGAGUGAAUGAAUAGCCUCAGCCUUGUUGAGCAUGUGGCACACUGGAGUGGCCUCAUAAUUAUCAUUGGAAGCAGAAUCCCUGUUGGUGAAAAACUUCCUUGUCUUGCCCCUCCCAUUCCUUCUUUCCAGCACCCUCUUAUCCUUUAUUUAUUCACUUAGGUUGUGUUCAGCUCCCCAGGUGAGUAAGGGGCAGACUGGUGUAGUUAAAUCAGCCAGCCUCUCUUAAGAAGGUUAUUCUCCCUAGAGCUCUUUUUAAAGCAGUAUCUAGUACCUUCAUCAUGUGCAGGGCUAUCAAAACCCCUUGCUAUUGUCCCUCCAGAGGGACUGGCUGAUCAGGCACAGUCUGGCAGUUAACAUGCAAAGCUGUCCUACCAUGUGGGGGAUGAAGUUCUGGAAACCUUGGCUAGAAGUGUUGAAGGCAAGGGUGGACUUCAGUGAGAACAAAGUUACCUCACUGCUAGACACUGCAAAAAGUCUCUGGCUGGUUGUGUGCAGCAUAGUUAUUUGAAUCCUGGCGUUUGGGGCACAGAGGCAGUGCUAUGGGGGCUCUAACCGUGAGAGAAGAGAUGCACAAGGAGGUGCAGCACUGCUAAAAGCGUUAAAAUUCACUGAGCUGGGUCCUCUGCAGGCAGACAAAACCUUUCCUGGAGAAACAGGUUUUGUUUGGAGGGUUUGAUUUUUUUUUCCUUCUUCCAUGCAAAUUGUCUUAGAUCUGUCUCUGGUUUAAAAUGAUGAUGGAAAGGGAAAGCAACAUGCACUGAGUCUAGUGCAUGCAGGAAUUAUAUGGGAACAAUGCAGUUGGCAGGGAAUCCUCCUAACCCAGGAAAAGAAAACUCUGCUGCAUCCCUGAAGCUCUGGCAAAAAAAAAAAAAAAAAAAAAUCCCAAAGGAUUUCUCCUCAAACCAUGAGUAAAAGAGCACAACCCUGCUGACCUGUUAAUCAGCCCCUAUUAAAACUCCUCAGGCAAACCCAACCUCUUUAAGCCAUUAUGCACUGAUCUUGAUAAGUGGAGAAUGGACCUAUGAAGGGAGCUGCAUGCUUUUGUAUUUGAAUUUAGGGGAAAGAGUGGGUGAAAAUCUGCUUACACUAACUUAAAAAAACCCAAGACUUCAGCUUUUCUAUGACAGCACCACACCUGAUACCUGUACCUUUUGAAGUUUUCUGGCUCAAUGCUGUGUCUUUUGUGUGUAGAAGCACAGACGCAUGUGCAGCAGGUUCUAGCCACACCAAACGUGUAGGGUUUGAACCGUGUAGGUUCAUUUUCAAGGCAACAAGGAAUGUCUGUCUGUAUAAUGCUGUGUGCUGCAGCAGGCAUGGACAGUACCUGUACAUAUUUAUUCUAAGGACAUUUAACUAAAUUGCUUUUCUCUAUUUUCCCCCCCAUCCCCUUUUGUUCCUCGUAGAAAAGGUUUAACAACGUGGUAAAUUGUAUAGAACACUUCUCAAUGUCAAACUACUGCUUCAAGGGUAUCAGACAAUUUGACUUUUGGCCUCCUCCAUUAACCUUUGCAGCUCAAAAAAUAAUAAAAAAGAAACACAAAAAAGAAAAAGAAGCUAUCAGCUCAUAUUGGCAACCACACCUAGAAGUACUGUAAAACAUAGAGUUAGCUUUUGCCAUUCUCAAGGAAAGGAUAACUUAUUAUAACACAGAUCUUAAUGCAACACUUCUUUCGGUUCGUUUUUCAUCUGAAGUACCUUACUCUGUUACAGCUUCAGGUACCAAAAAACCCCAGAAUGUUCAAAAGAAAGAAAUACAUCUUUGGAGCUUUAUAAAGCUAAUUCAACACCCAAGCAAAACACCAUGAAGUGAUUAUAGAGGAAAUAGAUAGAAACCUUUCAAAGACCAGUACUCCAUCCUGUCUUGGCCAUCACUACUGCAGAGCGGUUUCCCGGUUACUUGAAUGUAUGGAAAGUUAACAUCGUCAUUGUGAACCUUCCCAACUUACUUUUUUUCUUUCUUCCUUUUUUUUUUUUUUUUUUUUUUUAAGUUUGAGCUUUCAGUGGUGUAGAGUAAGUGAUGGUAAAGUUGGUAAACCUGAUUAUUUUGAAAGCUGUUGUUCAUGGCUGCAUUCUUUGUGUUGCACAACUUAGCUAACUGUUGUUGAAUAAAAAUAUAAAUAUGUUAA